GGGUUUGAUAGGUUUGCGAAUUUGGGGUUCUGGUUUUGAGUUGAGAUUUAGGAGAUGACUGGGCUUUUGAGAAAAAUUAUGCCUGUUGUACCAUCCAGCAGUAAACAUGGUGGUGAUGAUGAUGAUGAUGAUGCUCAUAAUGUUGAAUACUCGUUUGCCAUUGAGUACUCUGGUCCUCCGGUUGGUUAUGAUAUUCCACGAGCGGUGCCUAUAGCUGUUGAUGAAAUCCCUGUUGCUGCCCCAGUGGUCUCUUCUUCUUUGUUGAAAGAUAGUUCACUGCCAGUAAUCCAGCCAAUUAAAAAAAGUACUCCUGUAGGUAGAAAACCAUCAAGGGAGCCGAAAUUAAGCUCUGAGUCAUCUAUUUCUAGCAGUUCACUGACCGGCUCUGGUGCGUCCUCAACUGGUCCUAAUAUGUCCCGUGUAGUACCAACUCAGGUGGAUAGCAAUGGUGCAUCUGGACGCUUAACUGGUAAUUACUGUAAGGUCAAGUCAUCUGAGGGUAGGAGAAGCUCAGGUAGAUUGAAAAGUCUUGAUAGUCAAUUUAAUUCUUGUGAAAGUUUGGAUUGUGUGAUUGGUGUUGAGAGCACACUCAAAUUAUCUGGUCUAAUAGGAGCUUCUGGUAAAUUAGAACGUCCUGAUUGUCAUGAUAAUAUGCAUUUAAGUGUAGAAUUACCUGAUGAUAACAGGGGAGAGGCAGAUGUAGGAUUUCAAGAUUAUAUGAAUCCUGGCAAUUCAGAAUCAACAGGAUCAGGUUCAAGUUCACACGCUGUUUCGUCUGAAGCGUUCUCUAGCAAAGAGGAGGAUUUGAACGAAGAAGAAACUCCUUGCCAUGCUAAAAGACCAUCAGUUGUUACUUUUCGUGAUCCUGAUCCUAGUGAUGUAGUUCUUGAAGAAUCUGAAUAUUCUGAGGUCAAAAGCAACCAAGCGAGACCGCAGGCUGAAAGGCCUGGGAAGAAAGGUUCAUGCUAUCGAUGCUUGAAAGGAAAUCGAUUUAUUGAAAAGGAAGUGUGCAUUGUCUGUGGUGCAAAGUACUGCUCUAACUGUUUGCUGAGGGCAAUGGGGUCAAUGCCAGAAGGAAGAAAAUGUGUUACUUGCAUUGGUUUCAGCAUAGAUGAUGCUAAGAGAGGAACCUUGGGGAAAGCUUCUCGGAUGCUGAGGCGGUUGCUGACUGAGAUGGAAGUUAAACAUAUAAUGGGAUCGGAAAUAUCAUGCCCAGCAAAUCAGUUGCCACCAGAGCGUGUUUUUGUGAAUGGCAAAGCUCUUUCUGAGGAAAAGCUGCAUAUAUUGCGGAGCUGCCCAAAUCCACCGAAAAAGCUAAAUCCAGGACACUAUUGGUAUGAUAAAGUAUCAGGUUUUUGGGGAAAGGUAGGACAGAAACCGUACCAGAUUAUAAGCCCCCAGCUGAAUGUAGGGGGUCAAAUCGAUCGAAAGGCUAGUAAUGGGAAUACAGAUAUCUUGAUAAAUGAUCGGGAGAUAACUAAAAAAGAGUUAUGGAUGCUUAAGUUAGCUAGAGUGCAAUGUGAAGGAAAACCUCACUGUUGGUUAAGCGCAGAUGGUUCCGUUCAGGAAGAGGGAAUGAUGCCAAGAAAGGGACAUAUAUGGGACCAGGGUACCAUAAAGUUAGUUUGUGCUCUCUUGUCUUUGCCAACCCCUCCUGAUUCUUUGGAUUCUGGUGAUGAUGAACUGAAUGGUGCUAACCCAAGCUGUAAACUUCUUUUGCUUGGUGAUACAAAAUCUGGCACGAGUACCAUAUAUAAACAGGCCAAGCUUCUGUUCAAGGUUCCUUUCUCUGAAGAUGAGCGUCAAAAUAUCAAGGGCAUGAUUCAAAGCAAUUUGUAUCGCUAUAUUGGUAUUGUGCUUGAGGGUCGUGAGCGAUUUGAAGAAGAAUGUAUGAUUGAAAGAAGAAAAAAACUGGUUAUUGAUCAGCCUGGUCCUUCAGGCCAGAUGGAUGAAAAAACAUUAUAUUCUAUCAGUCCACAACUGAAAGCUUUUUCAGAUUGGCUUCUCAAAGUCAUGGCGUCUGGUAAUUUGGAAGUCAUAUUCCCAGCGGCUACCUGUGAAUAUGCACCAUUUGUUGAGGAGUUGUCGAAGGAUGCAGCCUUCCAAGCCACAUACCUCCGGAGGAAUGAAUUAGACAUGCUACCCAGUGUUGCUACUUAUUUCCUAGAACGGGCUGUUGAGAUUUCAAGGACAACCUAUGAACCCUCGGAUCUUGAUAUCUUGUAUGCUGAAGGAAUUACCUCAUCCCAUGGGCUGUCUUGCAUGGAAUUUUUAUUUCCAAAGCCACCACAUCAGAGCUCCAUUGAAUCAGAAUAUCAGAAUUAUGACUCCUCACUCAGGCAUCAACUCAUUAGAGUGCAUCCAAGAAACCUUGGAGAGAACUGCAAGUGGCUAGAAAUGUUUGAAGAUGUUGACAUUGUCCUGUUUUGUGUUUCUUUGACUGACUAUGAUGAGUUUUUCGAAGAUAAGAAUGGAGUUCUGACUAACAAGAUGUUGGCCAGCAGACAACUUUUUGAAAAGAUUAUAACUCAUCCAACCUUCAAAGAUAAAACCUUCCUUCUAUUACUUAACAAGUUUGAUAUGCUUGAGGAAAAGCUUGAACAGUCUCCUCUCACUAAAUGUGAAUGGUUCCGCGACUUCAAUCCAGUUAUCAGCCACAAUUACCACAACAGCAGCAGAAGAAAUUACAAUGCUCCUCGGGCUCAAUAUGCUUUCCACUACAUUGCAUUGCAGUUCAAGAGAUUGUUCAAUUCCCUUACUGAUCAUAAGUUGUUCGUUUCACUAGUUACCGGCUUGGAGCAAGAGACCGUUGACGAAGCUCUUAGAUAUGCAAGGGAGAUUCUGAAUUGGGACGAAGAGCAAUGCAACUACACUAACAAUGAGUCGUCUUAUGACUUUGAGGCAAGCUCACCGUCAUGAUUUUGUUUCAGUAUAAACAAAAUGCUUCUAAAUCUUACAUGCAUUAGAAAGAUUAGUAGCAGUAGAAGUAAAAGUGUUUGCUUUAUUAACUUUCUGGAGCAAAUACUUGUGUAUAGUGUAUACUUAUAUACACACACGUGGAUUCGGAGUUUUGGAUACAUAAGGAAAUACAGAACUGGGAUACAAGAUGAAUGUAUCAUUCUUGGAAGUUAGAUUCUUUUAUACAUAGAGCUGAAUGAAAGCUGUCUGCAAUUGCAGAUUUAGCAAGUGAAACAAUUAUCUCACUAUUUUUUCUGUCCAUUC